AGCAGGCGCUACCCGUGCUUAGUGACGAGGGCAAUGAUGCCGGGCGAUCUCCAUGUAUGCCUCGUUGCGCCUGCGCCAGACUCUCGAGCUGCGUCGUUUGUGUUCCAUCUUGGCCCAACUUACCGCUGAAUCGUUUCCGUUGCGCGACCACCAAACAAUUUCACCUCCGGCCACCGCCAUGUCGCGCUCCCUCACCACUCCCGACCUGCAGCACUACUACCACUCCACCGCCAGCAGCCCCAGUCUCCGCAGUCGCACGCCCGUCGAUGUCGACAUGAGUCGACCCGAGACGCCGACCGAUGGCGACGGCGGCCAUGUGAAGGUUGUUGUGCGCUGCAGAAAGUUCAUCAAGAGAGAAAUCGAUGCUGGCCAGCCAUGCAUCGUCCGCAUGAACCCCACGACGCAGGAGACGACCAUUCUGCCCCCCGAGAUGAGCGAGGACCAGCUGCGCAACUCACGAAAGCAGUACGAACAGAAGACUUUCACCUUCGACAAGUCCUUCUGGUCAGUCAACGACUCCGAUGCCCACUUCGCUGGUCAGAGCGAUAUCUACAACUCGUUCGGCGAAGAGUUCCUCGACCACAACUUUGAUGGCUAUCACACAUGCAUCUUCGCCUACGGCCAGACAGGAAGUGGAAAGUCUUACACCAUGAUGGGCACUCCCGAGCAACCUGGGCUGAUCCCACGCACAUGUCGAGGACUAUUCGAGCGAGUCGAAGCCGAGCAGAGCGGGAGUAUAACCUACAACGUUCAUGUCUCCUACUUCGAAAUCUACAACGAACAUGUCAAAGACUUGCUCACACCGCGCACAAACCCACCAACGUACCUGAAAAUCAGAGAGAGCAAGGGCGAAGGUGUCUUCGUACAGAACUUGACAGAUGAGAAAGUGGAAUGCUAUGAGGAUAUUGAGCGUGUCAUGAAAAUGGGCGAUUUGAACCGGACUACUGCCAGCACAAAGAUGAACGACACAUCAUCUCGAUCACACGCCGUCUUCACUUUGACGCUGAAGCAGAUUCAAGCAGACCUCUCAGACGACAGCACGAUUGAACGAGUGGCUCGCAUGCGACUCGUCGACUUGGCCGGAUCUGAGAGAGCAGGAAGGACAGAGGCUACCGGGCAACGCCUGCGAGAAGGCGGCAACAUCAACCAAUCUCUCACCACUCUCGGUCGUGUCAUUGCAGCUCUCGCAGAUCCCAAGCGUCAACGAGCUAGUCGGAUGGGCGGUCUGCAGAACCAAGCCAAGCGGAGGGCAGAGGUCGUGCCUUACAGGGACAGUGUCCUUACCUGGCUGCUCAGAGACUCCCUCGGAGGCAACAGCAAGACGGCGAUGGUCGCUUGCAUUUCACCCACUGACUAUGAAGAGACUUUGUCGACUCUGCGUUACGCUGACCAGGCCAAACGUAUCCGCACUAAAGCGCACGUCAACCAAGACGCCCGAUCUGCCGCCGAGCGGGAUGCACAAAUCAUGGAAAUGGCCGAGACUAUUAAGCAGCUGCAACUCUCUGUCAACAAUGCUGCAACACGCAAGCGCGAUGAGGCUGACCGGGCGAGGGACGAGCUCGAGGACUAUCAACGGCAAGUGGGCAAAAUGCAUCGUGCAAUGCAAGAAUCCAAAGCAGUGUCCGAUACCAAGAUUCGAGCCCUCACGCUGGAAGUCGAAGAACUACGGCCGCAGAAUGAAGCUCUACGCAUGGAGGUCGAAGCAUUGAGAAGACAUUUGGCACUUGCAGUCGGCGAGUUGAAGAACCCAAUAGUGCUGCCAGAAGCCUUUCUUGGUGGUGAGGAAGACGAUAGGUCUAUGGACGGCGACUCGGAGCACGAUAGUGGCGUGGACGACGGCACCUCAUACACGGAGGAUUAUGGCGACUUCGAACAUGAGAGCUGGCAAGCGGAUGUCGACGCGCUUCUCAACGACCUCGGCUUGUUCAAGAAGAAGGUCAUGGACGACAAGUCUCGCUUUCCUCGUCCAGACAGCAGGCCAGGCAUCGUAGCGAACUAAGGGGACUUCUGUUGCCGGAGCAUGCGACAUGACAGAAUAUGAUGGUGUUGAUGACCAGACAUGAUUGAUGGUUCAGGUAAGCGUUUUGGCGUGGAGUUUGGUGCUAGUGGCUUGCAAAGCUUGGGAACGCUCUUCUAUCGAGAACGCUUGUUCGAUUGUCGUGUCGUCAGUAGCAAAGACUUUGGACAAAUCAAAUUGGCUUUUUCGCG